AUGGCACCCUCGAACCCGCUGCUCGUGCCCGGCCUCCUCCCCGCCCGCGCUCCAACCCUCCUCUCGACCGCCCUCACCCACAUCCCCCCCUCCUCGCCCGCCCACGCUCCCCUCGUCGAAGCUUACACCCUCACCUCCCGCCUCGAGUCCUACGCAGAGAAGUACUCGUCUUCGCUUAUCGUUCCGCGGGGACAUGGAGUAGAGGAGGAAGAGGUGAAGGGUGUUUGGGAGGAGCUUUUGAGGAAGACGGAGGAGACGGAUUGGGUUGGGGUGAAGGAGAGGGGUGAGACCAAGUACCAGCUUGGGGCUGUCAUGUGCAGUGGCGCGUAUGAGGCGGUUGUGUUGCAGACUUUUGCGGCGAUGAUGAGAGCUGAGAAGGUUUUGGAGAUUGGAGUCUUCACGGGGACGGCGACGCUCGCCCUCGCGCUCGUCCCUUGCGUCAAACAAGUCAUCGCCCUCGACAUCGAGCCCUACCUCUCCUCCUUCAACGACCCUUUCUGGACGCGCGCCGGUGUCUCCCCAAAGAUCGACUUCCGUGUCGCCCCAGCACUCGAGUCGCUCGACAAGUUGAAGCAAGAGGGCCACGAGGGGUUCGAUCUGGUGUUUAUUGAUGCGGAUAAGGAGGGGUAUUGUGAGUAUGUCAGGAAGAUCGUCGAGGAGGGAUUGUUGAAGGAGGAGGGGGUGAUCCUUGCGGACAACACGAUGUACAAGGGCCUCGCCUGGGCUCCUCCCGCCCCGCUCCCCGAGGACGAGUCCACCGUUCCGGCCGAUGUCCUCGCGCGCCGCAAGUUCGAGGCGGACAACACCAAGGGCGUCCACGAGUUCAACGAGUAUGUGCGCAACCACCCGGAUCUGCAGGUGGCCAUGUUGCCCAUCCGCGACGGGAUUACCGUCAUCCGCCGCAGGAUGUAG